UUGUCGCUCGUACAAAAGUACUUGAAGCGUUGCAGCCGGGACCAAGCUGCAUUGCUAUUGCCUGUGCCUCUCAACAGGAAAGAGAAACAACAUGUUCCCGAAGGGCACCAAACGCAAGUUCUCAGACUCCGGGGAGGAGCCGGUCUCCAGUGGUGACCAGGUCCCGGUGGCUCCAUCAGUGGCGGCUCGGACGCUGACGUCCUCGUACAGCCUUCAGCGACAGUCGCUGCUCGACAUGUCGCUGAUUAAGCUGCAGCUCUGCCACAUGCUGGUGGAGCCGAAUCUGUGCCGCUCGGUGCUCAUCGCCAACACGGUGCGGCAGAUCCAGGAGGAGAUGACCCAGGACGGCACCUGGCAAAUAAUGACCCAGGCCCUGGCAGCCGCCCAGUGUCCCGCGGACCGCCUGGUGGCCACCGAGGUGCUGUGCCGGCAGACGGACGCGGCAGCUCAGGCCGGGCAGAGCCCGAAGCCCUUCUCAGUGGUCGGCCUGGAGGAAGGCUACCACGCAGAGGAGGUGGUGAUGGAGGGAGACGUGGAGACAGAGGUCACCAUGUCCACUUUGUCGCCCGUCUCCCCCCAGCUGCCCUCAUCUUCUUACCUAGCUGGUCCCUUUGGCAUGGGACCCUGCUGGGAAGAGGAGGAGGAAGACGGUGAGUGCGAGGAGGACGAAGAGGAGGACAGCGAGGAGUGUGUGUCGGAGGGUGAGGAGGGAGAUCGGGACCACCUGAGCGCAGACUCCAGGACAGGGGAGCAGGUUUUUGGGACUUUUGAGAUCAAGCACCCUGCGCCGCCCCCUGACCCUGCGCUUGAGGAACUGUUUUCAGACGUGGACCCGUCCUACUAUGACCUCGACACGGUGCUGACGGGCAUGCAGAGCGCCCCAAAGAUGGGGCCGUACGAUCUGCUGGAGAGCCUUUCCUCCCACGGGCCGACGGCCCUCAGCUCCAGCUCGAGCUGCAGGUCAGACCUGAACGAACUGGACCACAUCAUGGAGAUCAUAGUGGGAUCCUGAAACUCCGAACAUUCCUCCGGCCUGUGCUGAUCCCUCAGACUCUUUCCAGACUAUGCACAGUUCACAUGUGCAUGUUCUGUAUGUGGUGUUGUUACACACGGAGAUUGUUGGAGGUUUUGGGACAAGGUGGGAAAUUAACAGCAAGCCAAGUAGAUUUUGGGAUAUGCUGUUGGAGACGUAGUUAGUCUGCUCCAACGGCCACUUAGGCAAGUCGGCAGCUGCUGUUGGGACCUUCGUCUUUUAUUCAAAAUAUAUUAUUGAUGGUUAACCCUUUGAAACCUGGAUCAACGUCACUUUUCUUGUCCUGCAUUCAGACGCCUUUCACAAAAAAAUUAAACCUCCGAACCCUUAACAAAUUGUUACAAUGUCCUUAAAAUCACGGGAAAGGCAAUGAGCAACUUGGCAAGAAAUGUUCUACAGGAAAUCAGUAGAUUCAUAAAAAUUAUUUUUUUAAAAGCUUGGGAAAAAUGUCCAGAAAACUGUAUUGUGUUGCAGACUUAUUUUUAUUUUGGGGGGUUAUUUUGCCUUUCCUGCCUCUCUAUUUACUUUUUUGUUAUUUUCACAUUUUUCAUGUGGUCAUUUUCAGCUUUGAUGUUUUUG